AUGAAAAGUGAUAUCCUCGAUUUACAUCAAGGUCUUAAAAGAUUUUUGAAGACAUGCUUCACUCUUGUGUUUUGGAUUUUGGAGGUGGUUGAAGAUAACACUUGUCACAGAUGGAAUUCACAUACAAGAAUAGCUACCAAGCAAGUUACUCCUAGGCAUGGCGUUACAAGAUUUGGAGUGAAGGGUAAGCUAGCCUCGAGGUAUGUUGGACCUUUUGAAGUUAUCGAGAGGAUUGGGGAGGUCACUUACCGAUUAAACUUACCAGCGUGGUUGGCCCAUGUUCAUAAUAUGUUACAUAUGUCUAUGUUGAGGAAGUAUACCCCAAAUUUGUCACAUGUCAUUGAGUAUGAGGCUAUCCCUCUUCAAGAUGUGACUUAUGAAGAACAACCUAUCAAAAUCUUAGCAAAAGAGCUAAAAGGUCAGGGUCUUAUGGAAAAAUCACAAAGAAGACGAGGCUACUUGGGAGUUAGAAUGCAUCUUCGACCUCUCACCAAACAUCCUAGGAAGAGAAUACAAACUCUUGCAACCGACCUGAUUGAGAUAUGGAAGAACAUUGUCAUAAAAGAAACAAGCAAAGAUAUACAAAAUGGAAAGUUAGCAAAUAAACCUUCUUUCAAACUCGAAUCUCCAAAAGCUGAGAGUCACAGGCCUUCCAAAUUUCAAAAAACUUCCUCUGGGAAGAUUGAGAAAGGCUUCAAGGCAAAAUCUAUUAAGGUUGAGAAAGUUGAGCGCAAUGUAGUAGAAAGUAUUAGAAAGAUAAACAGAGAUGUGAUGAAACCAGCAACAAUGAGUGCUUCAUCAACUCCCAAGAUCACAUCUAUGAUCAUAUCUCAUGAUGUCUCACGAGACCGAGUACGUGACAUGCUUCAUGAGGCUUUGUCCAAGGACUCUAGUGAGGCAGAUGGAGAUAUGUUGGAUGAUGAUAAUGCCUGCGAUCAUAUUCGGGUUGCAGUGACUGUGGAGUCAGUGUUGUUUGAGAAUUGGGGUGGUGCUACUGGUGCACAGAAGGUCAAGUAUAGAUCCUUAAUGUUUAAUCUCAAGGAUCCAAAAAACCAUGAUUUCUGUAGAAAUGUUCUUCUAGGACAAGUCAAGGCAGAGAGGCUUGUGGACAUGAGCACAACGGAGAUGGCAACUGAUGGGAGGCAGCAGCAAAAUAAAAUGCCCGAAGAGAAAGCUUUAUUCGAUUGUGAGCGCGGUUUGCAAAGAGAAGCAACAACUGAUCAAUUCAAGUGUGGUCGUUGCGAAAAACGUAGGACCACUUACUACCAAAUGCAGAUGUGA